GAGUGAGAUGCAGGAUGGAUUCUUUCUUCACUCUUUGACAAUGUAGGAUAAAAAGUAUUACGCUGGAGCAGAUGAUGCGACAAUGACAAGUCUGAGGUUGCUUAAAUUUUGAUUCAAUUUGCAAAAACAGCUAAGAGCGUAGAAGUGUGACUAUUUUCAGUAUCAGGAGAAAGAAAAUCAGACAUAUGGAGAUGGAGACGAGCACAAUGCCACCAGAGCUCCCGAGGCUCACAGCAGAAGAAGAUGCACUGGCAUCCCAGGUACUGGAGAUCAUUGGAGGGAUCUCUCUAGAGGCCCUUCAGACCCCGGAGGAACCUGAGGAAAGAGUUGAGUGGCCAAUGGAGGAGGGAGAUGACUCUGUGUUCUACAGUGACGAGGACCAAGUUCAUCAGGACGGAAAAGCAAACACAUCAUGUGGUUUUGGUGCCGACAAAUGUGAGCAGCUUGUUAACAGUGUGGCAACUGGUGAGGAUGAUACAGGGGAAGAGAUAUCUAUUAUUGACGAAGAAAUUGCAGAUUUGGAAAAGGAAGUGACUCAGCAGGUCAUUCUGAAUGAACAAGAACAGAAAGAGCUCCAGACACCAAAAACUGAACCUAUGGAUCAGUCUGAUCCUGCAGAUUCAGGAGCAACGUCUGAUCCAACUCCAGAGAUGUCAGCGAGUGCCUGUGGAGGAUCACUAAACGGCACAGAUGCAGACAUGCAAACACAGCUAAAUAUAUCUGCAGAACAAGGCAAUCUACCAGCUGAGAAGGAAGAAGUGACACCAAACCUUGAAAGCUCUGAUGUAACUAACAAGGAGACUGAUACAAGGCUGAGUGUGGAGGCAGACGUCUCAGAGCGAGUGUCAAGUGCUGAACUCCAGAUAACAGGUGACAAGCAGCUUCGGUUGGACGAGGACCCACAGCAGGACCACAACUUUCAUGCCCCGAUGGGGUUUCAUCAAAACCCGAGUCCAGGCUACUCCACUCUGCCUCUGCCUAAGAGGUCCCAUGGCAGCGCCGACCCCGAGAAAUCCUUUAACCACCUCUCUUCCUCCAAAUACAGCACCGUGUCGUACCGCAAGAUCCGCAGAGGCAACACCCGCCAGAAGAUAGAGGCGUUUGAGUACAUGAUCAUGAAUUUGUAAGAUAGUUUGUAAGGAAAACAUAAACUGCUGCAUGUGAUCCAUAACAAAAAAAAACGGAUUAAAUAUCUACAUUCUACACAUUUAUUAUAUCUUAUUGGAAAUCUCUGAUAUAACUUUCCAGGUCACACAAGAUUUCCAAAUUAAUUUAUAUCUGUUGCGUAGUAUCUGAUUGACAAGCAUGUCUAAGAUGUUCUUUGUUUUUCAUUUGAUCGUUUCAGGAUGAAAACUUGUUGUGUAAGGCAGGUAUUUGAGCAGCAGAUUACAUAAAUAAGACCCUCAGGGCUUUAUAAUCUUACUAGCUACAAUAACUAAGAUGUUAAGUAUUAGAGCUUUAGUAUUUUGGGG